GGGAUGAAGAGCUGCCCGGGCCUCUCCGACCUGCUCUGGGCCUGGACCCUGCUUCUCAGCGCGCUCACGGGAAGAAGCCAUGAACAGCCCUCGUUACAAGAUGAACUUAAAGACAACACCACUGUCUUCACUAGGAUUUUGGACCGACUCUUAGAUGGUUAUGAUAAUCGCCUGAGACCAGGAUUGGGGGAGCGCGUGACCGAAGUGAAGACGGACAUUUUCGUCACCAGCUUUGGACCUGUUUCCGACCAUGAUAUGGAGUAUACAAUAGACGUGUUUUUCCGGCAAAGCUGGAAGGAUGAGCGGCUGAAGUUUAAAGGACCCAUGACAGUGCUCCGCCUGAACAACCUCAUGGCCAGUAAGAUCUGGACCCCGGACACCUUCUUCCACAACGGGAAGAAGUCUGUGGCGCACAACAUGACCAUGCCCAACAAGCUGCUGCGGAUCACCGAGGACGGGACCUUGCUCUACACCAUGAGGCUGACCGUGCGAGCCGAGUGCCCCAUGCACCUGGAGGACUUCCCCAUGGACGCCCACGCCUGCCCGCUCAAGUUCGGGAGCUAUGCUUAUACAAGAGCAGAAGUGGUCUACGAGUGGACGAGAGAGCCGGCUCGAUCCGUGGUGGUGGCAGAAGAUGGGUCCCGCUUAAACCAGUAUGACCUUCUUGGACAGACCGUAGACUCUGGCAUUGUUCAGUCAAGCACAGGAGAGUAUGUUGUUAUGACGACUCACUUCCACUUGAAGAGGAAGAUUGGCUAUUUUGUGAUUCAAACCUACUUGCCGUGCAUCAUGACGGUCAUCCUCUCACAAGUCUCCUUCUGGCUCAACCGAGAGUCGGUGCCAGCGAGGACUGUCUUUGGAGUGACAACUGUGCUGACCAUGACCACUUUGAGCAUCAGCGCCAGGAACUCCCUCCCGAAGGUGGCCUACGCCACGGCCAUGGACUGGUUCAUCGCCGUGUGCUAUGCUUUUGUCUUCUCCGCUCUGAUUGAGUUUGCCACCGUCAACUACUUCACCAAGAGGGGCUAUGCGUGGGACGGCAAAAGUGUGGUUCCAGAGAAGCCAAAGAAAGUGAAGGAUCCACUCAUUAAGAAAAACAACACUUAUGCUCCAACAGCAACCAGCUACACCCCUAAUUUGGCUAGGGGUGACCCUGGCUUAGCCACCAUUGCUAAAAGUGCAACGAUAGAGCCCAAAGAAGUGAAGCCUGAAACAAAACCCCCGGAACCCAAGAAAACCUUUAACAGUGUCAGCAAAAUCGACCGGCUGUCAAGAAUAGCCUUCCCGCUGCUGUUCGGAAUCUUUAACUUAGUCUACUGGGCUACGUAUUUAAACCGAGAGCCUCAGCUCAAGGCUCCUACCCCGCACCAGUAGGUCCUGUCAGUCACGUUCUGUUGUUCCGUCCUCCACACUGGGAAUCGCUUUCUGUUCAAAGCGCAGUGGUUCCUAGCUGCUUUAUUGCCUCUGUCUUAAAAGAAUUCGAAGGUUUCCUUAUUUCCAUAAUUCAUAUAAGAACAAGAGACCCCUGGCUGGCAGUCCAGAGCCGAGCAGAACAUGCAGCUCAGAGACAGGAAAGAAAGCUAGAGAGAAAAGUGGUAUCCAAGGAGAC